AUGACAUCUACCAUUAAUGUUAAUGAGAAUAUAGAAGUAGAGAAUACUUGUUCUAAUUCAGAUAAGAACUCUAUAUCCGAAAAAAAGAAACCAGUAUUAUUAAAUUUAUUAAAUUACGAAUCCGAAAUUACAAAGAUUAUCAAUAAUGUUAAAUGUUCUAAAAAAACGAAAAAAGGUAUUCGGGAAAUUACUGGAGAAUAUCGAUUUGAUAAGAAUAUUGGAGAAUCGACUACAUGGGAAAUUAAUAAAAAUAAUCAGCUUUCAGUAUACAAAACUGAUCAGGAAGGUAAUAAUGUACCGAUCAACUUCGAUUGGUUUGUGAAAGAAGACGAUUGCCUAGGAACUUAUUUAUUACCCAAUGAUUAUUUAAUCGUGAUUACAAAAAAUUACUUAAUGAUACUUGCUGAAACUGUUCAAAAUAAGAUACAAAUUAUCUAUUAUAUUAAGACAAAGAAUAUAAUCGAACAACAACGAUGUAUUACUAAGAAAAUACCAACAAAUUUAUGGGAUAUUUGGUAUUUUAAAAGUGUAUUAGAUAUUAUUGAUCAAGAAUCGGAUAUAAAUACUGCACGGUAUCUUAGAGAGAUGCUAACAUUAUAUCUCGAUGAUAUUGAUACUUUCGCUCACUGGUCACCCAAACGAUUAAGCCUAUUUUCUGCUAUUACAAGUUCAAUUUCAGAACUUCAAGAAUUAUAUCCAUAUUACGUUACAAAAUUUUUUGUUUGCACUUCUAUAAUUAGCCUUGUAGAUGUAGAAAUUAAAUAUACGCCUUAUUCACAUCUUCAUGGAUUUACUGACGAAAAACAUAUUUCUAAAUCGAAAGCUAAAUUUAAAUUGAAAGAAUUUAUAUGUUAUAUAUACAAAUGCUUUAGUAUAGAUUCAUUUUUGGAUGCAUUUAUUGGACUAGUCAUUGGAUUAAUCAUUGGAUUAAUUAUUGCAAUUUUGGCUUGGC